AUGGAGAUUGGUCCAGCUUUGCCACCACAUCUAAUGAAGAACAUAAACAAACAAAAGGUGGAAGAAAGGCAAAAUUGUGCCCUUGGAAAAGAGGAAACAUCCUCACGACCACUGCAGGAUGAUGAAAACAGUGAUGAAGACGAGUGUUAUGGACCGGCCUUACCACCUGGGUUCCAAAAGAAAAAGGAAGAAGUUACAAGAGCGAAGGUUAUCGGACCCAUGAGACCUCCGGAAUCCGUGUCUGCGGCGGCACUCUCGUCAAAUGGUUUGUGAAGAAUGUAACUUUUACCGAGUUUUAAACUUUAAAUUGAAUUCUUGUGUAAAAACGAUCGAAUCCACCAAGGUAAAACAAAAUUGUAGUUUUUUUUAUGAAAACAAACUGAUUGGUACCAAAGUUGAUUUUUAAAUUCAUUGAACUGUUUUUCUGUCGUUGUUAUUUUGUGUACAGCUGUUGAAAAUACCAUCAGUAGUGAUGAAGAUGGAGAUGUCAUUGGACCAACUCUACCAACUGCCAAAGUAAACUGUUCUAAUAUCAAAUCCAUGGAUUAAGUAAAGAAUAAUUUAUCAUGAUUCUAAUAUAUUUUUUUCUUAAACUUACAGGACAUUGGUGUUGGAUUUGAAAGAACCAAAAUGGACAUAGAGGCACGAAGUAUGGCAAAAAAGGACCAGAUGACAGGCAAGGUACAUGAAAGUAACAUGUUGGUAUUUCAGAAGUGAAACAGGAUACUUUAGCCCUUCGUCAGAGCAUUAGCCCCCUCCCCCAAAGUAGCAACCCCCCAAAAGUAGCGACUUCUCGAAAGCAGCGAUCCCCCCCCGAAAGUAGUGAGACCAAGUUUUUUAAAUUGUAUACCAUAUACCUUUAAUUUGUUGAUCAAUAGUCAAAAUUUUAAUGUACAAUAAUAUGUUCGUGCAGCGUCUUAAAUUGUUCGUGAUAAGGCACUUUAAUUUACAACAAGGGGAAGCUUUAUGCCACCAUUUGUCCUUGACAUCAAUUCUUUGAUGUAGCGAUGUAAGAACUAACCCAGUAUAAUUUUGUAUUAACAACAGGAACAUUUCUUCAAAUUGAAAUUGAAAACUCUAUAUAGUUUUUGUCGAUUAACAUAAACAUGUUUCUUCCAAUUAAAUGACACUGAGAUACCUGUAUAGGGUACAGACUAAAAGGCAACAGUACGUCAUGCAGUACAAUUGAAGCAGUUUAGCUUUCCUCCUCUGAGUCAGUGAAGAACUUGAUCUCCUCUAUAUUGGCUGAUUCACCCAUGCAGUAGUCCGGUAAACCAUCAAUAUUUAUUUCACUGUCCCUGCUACCGAAAAUGGGUAGUGAAAAUCUACAUUUCACAAAUGAAUGGAUAACUGUGUCUUUCAGCUGGCAUGAGGUCUCUUUCCAUACCAUACCCACCCAUUUCGUGAAAAGCACACACUGAUCACCAGCAGUCACUUGUCCCGUCAUAAAGCACUCUGAAUUUGUGGACAAGUGUUCUUUGGCUAGUCUAUCGACACUUUUCUUAAAUUCCACAUUAAAUGUAACAUCGAGUAUUUAUCAUUGUUACCUUAUUUUUAUGAAACACAAUCUAUACAUAUGGAAUGCAGACAAAAUGUUGUUCUUUUUUUAAUUUUAUGUUGUUCAUAUUUAUUUUGGGAAAAAAAGCUCGCGCCAGCUCUAUUUGUAAACGAUUUUUGUUCCCCAAAAGUAACAACCCCCAAAGGCUGCUAAUUCCGAAAGUAAUGAAGGUUGCUACUAUCAGAACUCUACGGUAUCAACUCAGUUGAUAAUACUAAGUCACCCUGUUAUACUCUCCCAACAAUGCAGCACUGCAGUCUUGCAAAAAAGGGAAGGAACCUAAGACUGUUCCCUUUUGUGUGGGCAUUAGGAGGACUGUGGGUAAAACACUUGAUGCCCUGUGUCCCAAACCUUUGACUCUGAUCUCACAACUUUUAUAACAAAAGACUGAAGAUUAAUGAUUGAAGGGAAAGGCAGAAAACCAGCAAUAUCUAUGGAAUAUAAGACAUUGUGUUCUAAGUAAAGUAGCUAAUCGUAUAUCAUGUAUCAUGUAUUAACUGUCUCUAUAAAAGGCAUUCAGUUUGUGUCUUUUUUUUUUUAAGUUUGCAUCCUGAGCUCUGUCAGAUUGGUCAAUACACAUUUUUGAGUUUCACAGUAACGCAGUAUGUGUUUUUGUUUGUCUUGUUUGUCUUGCGCCUCCUGUCUACUUUUAGGUCCCAAUUGCCACCCUCCCCAUCUCCUUUUUCCUUGUGCCUUCUCCCUCCUUCUACAUAUGGCCCCCAAUAGUGAAUAAAGUGAACUGCUCUGGUUAAAAGUUUAUAAAUCAAUUUUACAGAAAGAUGCAAAACCUAAGCGAGAGACUUGGAUGACAGAGCUGCCUCCAGACUUAAGCAAGAAUUUUGGUGGGUUAGUUUGACUUUGCUUAUAAUUAAUUAUGACAGUCUACUGCAUUUUGUCAAUGUUAAAGUUCUUGGUUUAUGUUGGACAUUGCAAAAUUUUCUUACACAAGUUUCUUUUUUUAUAAUAAAUGCAACAUAAUUUUGUUCUAAUUUCAUCCCUUGGUUUAUUUUUGCCUUCAGGUUUGGGGCCCCGUAAGUUCCGUGCUCGUGCUGUUGAAGUAGGUGAUCAGUCAGUUUGGACAGACACUCCAGCAGACAAGGCCAGGAAGGUACAGGAGUUAUUUAUAAUUUACUUUCCAACAUUUCAGUCUUAACAAUCUACUUACUUACACCUGUGCCUGAUGAACCCUGUAGAUUUAUUUUAAAUAGAGUUUUAGGGGGGGGUGAGGUGAGGUGAAGUGGAGUGGUGUGGGGUGGCAGGCUGGGUGAGAAUGUAUUGCUUUCCAUACCCUACUCACCAGCCUCAUGCCUUUUGGCUCCUAUCACUCAACCAUUUUUGAAAAUAUGGCAGGUUACUUAUUCAAAAGGUUUGCACUUUUCUUUUUUGUCCUGCUUCUUGCCUCUGUAAGGUAUCUACUUCCUAUGAUUUUCACCUCUAUCUUCCAUACCUCUCUUUCUGUCCAUCCUCCCCCCCCCCCCCCCCCCCAGUAGCCUGCUCCCUUGGUGUUCUUUCCUCCUGAAACUUUUUUGUUAACAGACGCAGUUGAAUCAAUGUGAAAUACAGUUUUCUAACUGAAAUUUUGAGCCUAGGAUCAGUUUAGAGUGUUCUGUAUUCUGUGAAAGCAUCAUCAUUUUUAGUAAGUUAAUUGUUCAUCUUACAGUCAAAGGAGGGUAACAGAGGAUCAAAAAGAGGAGGUGAUGAUGAUGAACCUGUCAGGACUCCAUGGGAAAUCACAAGAGAUCAACAGAUGACCAAGCAAGUGGAAAGUCACAAUGUGAGUGGUGACAUGUUGGUGAAUUUUGUAAUUGUUAUGUUCACAUUGUAAUUUAUUCAAUCAUUUCUCCUGUUUCCAAUUUUUCUGAGUUUGAUAUAAGCAUUUGAAUCAGAAGCUAAGGAAAGUCUGCAAUAUCCUAUAAGUAAUAUUCACACAGUCACAUGGAAUAGACUAUUUUUAUUAAAAGACUCAUUUGAAACAAUUGCAGUUGUGGGUAAAUAAACUAAUUAUUGUACUGUUUACAUUCAGAAGCGGCACAGGGGAGAAUCAUUGAUGGAUAUGCAUACAAAGAAAAUUGAAAAACAAAAGGUGAGUGAAAAUACUUCAAAAUGGUGCAAUUAUCAUUUAUGCCUGUUUUUUGAAUAACAAGAACCACAGAAAAUUGAUAGCAGUAAAGUGAUGUCUAAUUCUUGAUCUAUGUUAUAUUUCUGAAGUAAGUUUCAUUUUAUUUUGAAUCUUUUUACAUUCCUCCAUGAUUUGAUAGAAGGAAGAUAAAGACAAGCCUGUUGAACGAAGACCAUUUGAUAGAGACCAGGACUUAAACUUACCAAGAAUGACUGGUGAGCAAAAGAAAUCUGUCAUCCAGAAGUCCAAGGAACUUGGAUCUAGGUUUCAACAUUCCAGAAGUGGUUCCUCCUUCCUCUGAGAGGCGUAGGAACCAAUAUCAAGGUCUUACUGCCCAUCAACCAUUCUGUGUACUUAUUGAUGAAAGCCAUAAGGUCAUGAUCUGAACAACACAGUUUAAGUAUUGCUUGCAACAAAAUACUCCUGGAUGAAGUGAGAUAUUCUGAAAGUAACUAAAUUUUGCGUCAAGACUGCUUAAUCUGGGGUCCAACACAGUAUCUUACAGCAUGCACAACUUCAUUGGAAUUAUAAUUUUUUUUCUUAAUGUGGGUGUGGACCUCUCACACAUUUAAAAAUUUCCAAUUUCCCAGCUAUUUCACUCUCUGUUUGCACCACUGAUGCUUCCAGCAGUUUCCAACCCACAUACCUUGUCAGUAGUAUCACGUCAAUGUUUAAAACUUGCACAUUUCCUUUGUGUUUAUGCCAAUUAGUAUUCUGAGCAGUAACUGUAUAUUCAAGUUGCAUUUGCUUUCACUUUAAUUUAAACAAAAAUUGUUAAAAAGUAUCUUUUAGAACCAUGAAUGUUGUCUCUUGAUUAAAAUAAUAUAUCUACAAAAAAAUCACACAAUCAAAUGACUCCAUUUUUAACUUGUUUUAUUUUCAAUUGUUUGGA